AUGAAGGUUUUUUCCUCAACGUGCACCUUUGACUACUCCUGGGAUGAGGUGUCCACGGCAAACUGGCGCAAAUAUUGCCCCUGGAACGAUAAGGCGACUCAUGUCGUCGGCGUAGACACUGUCUCCCGGACAGUCGACCCAAAGACUGGAAUUCUACGAACUGAGCGUCUCAUCACAUGCGACCAGUCCGUCCCAGCAUGGCUCCUCUCGCUCUUUGGAGGAAGUACAACAUCCCACGUUUACGAAGUCUCUUACGUCGACCCGAUCUCUAAGAAAGUGACCAUGUGCUCCACCAACCUUACAUGGUCUAAUGUUCUGAACGUCCGCGAGACUGUCACCUAUAGCCAGUCGUCUGCCUCUCCCACAUCACACACGGAGUUUACACAAGAAGCCAAGAUCACUGCUCUCUGUGGCGGUUGGCAAAAAAUUAAGAAUAAAGUGGAGGAAGCGAGCGUCGAGAGAUUCCGCGAGAAUGCCAGCCGUGGCCGAGAAGGAUUUGAAACCGUCCUUGAGAUGAGCCGACGCGUCUUCGGCGAACAACGAGAACUCGAGAAGGCUUUACUGUGA